AUAGAGCAAAUGGAAAGCACAGAGUCACUGUCAAAGAUGGGACCAUUGAGACAAUUAGGACUUUUCAUUUGGUUCGCUCUGGUUCAGAUUAAAAACUCUCAGACUCAAGAAUGCAACAUUAUCACAUCCAUCUCUUCCCCGUCGGCGUCGUCGCUGCUUGUGCAAUGGACCAGCUACCCAGUGGCCACCAACUACAUCCUGGACCUGCGUGUGGUGAACAUGAGCAGUGUGGCACCUGUAGUGGUCACAGUUUCAGCCUCAACUACACAGAAAGAAGUCUUCGGUCUGAAACCGGGCACUUUGUACACCGUUGUGGUCAAAGUAUUCCGCUUUUACAAUGUUGAAUGUUCGGAUACAAGAAUAGCCAGGACAGUCCCAGACACGUCUCAGAUUACCACCGCACGAGCAAUAUCGAGUACCGACAUUGUGUUAGAGUGGGACCGGGUAUCCUCUGCAGACCUAUACUUUGUCUUGGUGAAUUCCUCAAUAACUAACGAACGCUACAAUCUCUCUUUCACAAAUACCACCACAACCAUCCGUAAUCUGCGACCCACCACCACAUAUGACUGCUAUGUUUUCACCUCUAACUCGGCCGGUCUGGGCGCGAGGAGCCGAGUUCGCACCGCCACCACCCUGGUUCAGCCACCAUCAGUGGUCACAGUGGUGCCCCUCUCAAACCAGGCAGUGCGUGUCAUGUGGCAGUCUGUGGACCGGGUUCUCAUGUAUAGGAUAUUGGUAACAGAUGUCAAUGGCACCCAGAUAUUGAGCACAACCAUCUCUUCUACCUUCCAAGACGUGCAAAAUAUUUUGCCAUGCAACCUGUACCUGAUAUCUGUCUCUUCUCUGAACAUGUUUCUGGUUCCUGGAGAGGCAAAGCAAGUCAAUUACUCUGUGAACAAUCUAAAUGCGGUGACAUUGGUUACGGCGGAUUACAGCUGCGUGAGUGCGUCCGCUGUGAUAUCGUGGGGGACCGUUUUUGGUGCCGAGUCUUACCGCGCUGUAGCGGUUGAUCAGAAUGGAAGGACCGCAUCCUGUACCUCUACAGGCACAACAUGCCAGUUGGUCAACUUAGGUUGUGGCAGUGACUAUGUGGUGCGGGUCAGUGCCAUGUCCAAUAACUGUGAGAGCAAAAGCAGCAUCACAGCCUUCUUUCAGACAGUACCGUGUGCUCCAGCUAAUCUGAACCUGUAUCGCGAAUGCAGCAGCAAUGUAAUCAUCUUCUCAUGGGCACAGACAAACAACACGGCAUUCUACAGGGCACAGCUGGAGGACUCUUCUGGGGGUUCACAAACUUGCAUAACCUCAGACAAUUCUUGUUUCUUUACGAACACCGUGUGUGGACGCAGCUACAGGUUUAACGUCUCUAGUGUGUACGGGGAGUGCAAUGGUCCAGUCAGCAAGACAGUGAGCAUCCAAACAGCACCUUGCAAACCCUCUAACCUGAUUACCAUGUCUGAUUGUAAAACUGACAUUUUGACAAGUUAUUGGGAUGCAACAAAUGGGGUGGCACAGUACAUCGUGGAAGGCAAAGGAAAUCGUGGAAACGCAAGCUAUGUUAGUUACUACAGCUGUAUGUCCAAUGGUAGCAGUUGUUCCAUUCCUGGAGUUGCAUGUGGAGAAAGCCUUACUAUGAUGAUCACUGCCUUUAAUGAUAAUUGCUACAGCGAGGUGAUACUAGGUCAGGAGACUAAUACUGCUCCCUGUGUGCCCCAGAACCUCUCGCCCAUUGACGACUGCAGUUCAGACUCCAUCACUCUCACCUGGAAUUCAGCCAAUGGAGCAUUGUUCUACUUUGCCUCGGUGAGAGACUCUUCAGGUGGGAGCUUCACCUGUAGCACAGCAGAUCUAAAAUGCCAGAUAACGGGUCUGACCUGUGGAACAACAUACAAUGCCUCCAUCAUCUCCUCCAACUUCAAGUGCAACAGUUCUGUCAGUAACAGGAUCACUGUAGACACAGCCCCCUGUCCGCCAGCUCAGGUGCAGACCACUCUGGACUGUGAUGGGAACCGUGCAUUGGUGAGCUGGCAGAGUUCACGCUUUCCUGGCUCCUACACGGCCAGCAUUGUGGACCUGGGUGGCGGCUUACUGAGUUGUAGCACCGUGAACAACAGCUGCUGGAUUCCCAGCCUCAAAUGCAGCCAGGUCUAUGAUGUCAGCGUCACCUACCACAACGGCAUCUGUCGUAGCAGGACUUCAACGGUCAUCCGCAUGAACUCGGUUCCAUGUGGGCCAGGAAAUUUUCGGACCUCAGUCAAUUGUAGCUCAGGCGUUCUCCAGUUGACCUGGGACCAGACAUAUGGUGCUAACGGAUACUCCACAAGUUUGGUCUCUGUCAGUAGUGGCAGACAGCUUUUCUGUAACUCAACCAGUCCUGGUUGCAGCCUCAGCACUAUAACAUGUGGUGAUUCUUACGUGGCACGGGUUCGAUCUUACAAUGGCACCUGCUUCAGCAUGCUCAGUCAGCCACUGACCAUUAAAGAAGUGCCAUGUGUGCCCACCAACGUGACAGUUGCAAAGACCUGUAGUAAUCAAACAACAGUGAUGUGGCAAGGCAGCCUUGGCGCUAAGUCUUACAGGGUCAUUGCCAUGGGCAACACAGGUCACCAGACAACAUGCUCAUCUAACACAACCACUUGCAGUCUGACUGAUCUGCGCUGUGGUCAAGUGUACAGUGUCAGUGUGGUGGCCAUUGACGACACUUGCUCCAGUCCCCAGAGCCAAAGCGCUACAUUGCAGACAGGGCCUUGUGCACCCUUUAACAUACGCAGUACGAUCGAGUGCAUCACAAACAGUGUAUUGGUGACCUGGGACUCAAGCUCCACCAACUUGACCUACACGGGAAAGGCUGUAGGAACAGAUGGCCACAUAGCGUGGUGUAACAGCACCUCUACAGGGUGUCAGUAUACAAGCCUGCACUGUGGCCAGGAUUAUACCAUCAGAAUGAUGGCCGGUGAUGGAGUGUGCUGGAGCACAGAGAGUGACAUCUACAUACAGCCCACUGCCCCCUGUGCCCCGGUGACCGUUUCAAAAUUCCUGAACUGUGCUACCAACACGCUGAGUGUGACCUGGACCCCGAGCCCCAGAGCUCUGAGCUAUAGCGCCCUUGUCAGACCUGUAAAUGGACUUCUGCGUGGCUGCAACUCACCUGGCACAAGCUGUGAUGUACCAGGUUUGCAAUGUGGUCUGAGCUACACACUCACUGUCAUGGCUGCUAACAGAGUGUGUACUGGACCGGAAAGCCCGAGUCAGGUCUUCCAGACAGCUCCAUGCAUGCCUGGCUAUGUGUCUGCAAAUGUGGUUUGUGUCAGUAAUAUAGUGCAGGCCUCUUGGACUCAGGCGGCAGGUGCUCUGUCCUACACUGGUGUCCUUACUGGCCCGAGUGGCUCCACCCAAUCCUGCUCCACCUCUGCACUUUCCUGUGACUUCACUGGCCUGACCUGUGCUCGGACGUACAGACUCCAGGUCUUCCCAAUCAAUGACAUCUGUAACAGCACUGCCACCACAGCUAUCACUGUUACAACAGGACCUUGUGACCCCUCUAACGUGGUUGCUCAGGUACAAUGUGGCUCAGAUGCUGUUACUAUAUCAUGGCAACCAAGCUCUGGUGCCACUACAUACACUGCCCAAGCCUACACACAGAGCCAGACAGUUCCCAUUGCUUCUUGUCUGUCUUCCAACACAACCUGCACAAUCACACAGCUGCAAUGUGGAACGGUGUUUAAUAUGAGAGUGGUUGCUAAUGAUGGCACCUGCAACAGUAGCCCAUUGGUGGGAACAACAGUGAAAACAGCCCCAUGCCCUCCUGUGCUGCAAGUUGCCCCUCGCAGCUGUGUCAGCGAUCAAGUCCUGGUGUCUUGGACCAUGGUGCAGGAUGCUCUGGGUGUUACUGUAAAUGGCACCUCUACACUCGGCCAUUCAGUAGGCUGCAGCUCAGCUAAUAACAACUGCACCUUGCAGGGACUGUGGUGUGGACAGAGGUACACAUUGCAAGGAAUCUCCUAUAGCCAGUCAUGUAACAGCACUUUUAGUGCUCCUCUCAGCGUUGUUACAGUUCCUUGCACUCCUGAUGCAGUGCGCACUAACUACACUUGUGGAACAAGCAUAGCAGUGUUAAGCUGGAAUGACAGCCUGGGAAGGGAGACCUUCAUGUCCCGUAUUCAGACUCAGGAUCACUCAGACUCUUGCAUCAGCAACCAGACACGUUGCUCAUUCUCAUCUCUGCUCUGUGGAAGAUUGUACAAUGUCAGUGUGGGGGCUGUGGCAGGACAAUGCAACAGUACCAAUGUAGCUAGGACCCAAAUGCAGACUGCACCAUGUGCUCCACAGAAUGUGUCUGUCAGUCUGCAGUGUGCUAAUAACACAGCCUCAGUUACCUGGACACUAAGCCCUACUGCAAUAGGAUAUGAUGUCACUGCCCAGGGACGAAAUGGUGAUGUCAAAUACUGUCGCUCCUCAAAUACCUACUGCCAAAUACCCAACAUGCACUGCUCACAGACUUACAGCUUUGUGGUCACACCAUUUUCGGACAAAUGCAAUGGGUUCCCAAGUAGUCCUGUCACCUUCACUGCAGGUCCAUGUCCACCCACUGGAGUCCAGGCAUCCCUGCUCUGUCAAAAUAAUGUUGGUACUGUCAGCUGGACUGCCGCACUCAAUGCAGAGAGCUACAUUGCCACAGCGAUAAGCUCAGAUGGCUUCAGGCACAACUGCACCACAAAUGGGACCCUUUGCUCGUUCCUGGAUCUCUACUGUGGAAAGAAUUACAGUAUCACAGUCGUUACUGUACAGCGUGGCUGCAGCAGUGACCAGAGCACACCUGUGCUACUGAGAUCAGCUAUCUGCCCCCCUACCAGCCUGGCUGGCGUUACUCAGUGUGGCACCAAUGACAUUAUCAUCACAUGGGACCCCAGCCCUUGGCGAGGUGUCACCUACUUCCUGUCGUCUCAGCUGGACAGUAGACCAACUUCGACUUUCAACACCACGGCAACGUCCUUCACAUUAAACUACCUCCAGUGUGGUUUGCUAUUCACAGUGCGGGUGGCAGCACAGGACAACACCUGCAUCAGCCAGUACAGUGCACCAGUGCAGAUUCGUACAGCUCCAUGCUCACCUUACGGGCUGGCGGCUACCGCUAGUUGUGGCACAAACAUGGGUAACCUCACUUGGCUUGGUGCUGCCGGUGCACUCUCUUACACCGCUACCCUGGUGAGCAGUGAUGGCAGCUCCAUUUCCUGUACAUCCAGCACUACUUCCUGUGUGGUGAAGCUGGACUGUGAACGCACAUACACAGCUACUGUAAUCUCUUCUACCGGGUUCUGCAACAGCACUGUGAACAGCACUGUCCAAUUUUCAUCAGCACCAUGUCUGAUCAGUAAUGUACAGACUCAGCUUAACUGUAGUGCCAAUUCAUUGGCAGUGCAGUGGCCUGCUUCUGGAAACAAAAGCUACUCUGCACUCGCUAUAGGCACUGAUGGCACACGACCUUCCUGUAACACCAGCAGCUCUUCCUGUACUAUCCAGGGCUUAAGAUGUGGACGUAGUUAUGGCAUUGCUGUGACUACCGACAACAUUCAAUGCACCAUCCAGGGUUCUGACCUACAAGUACAGACAGCCCCCUGUAAACCAGAGAACCUGUCCGUUGCUCUAGCAUGCAACACCAGCAGUGCCAAUGUAUUGUGGAACACCAUUGGGUUGAACCAGUCAUACAGAGUGUUGGCAGUGAAUAGCACAGGUGGAGUGCUGAACUGUAGCACCACAGCAUCAUCCUGCACUUUCAACCAGCUUCGCUGUGGAGAGACAUAUGCAGUCAGUGUUACUGGGGUUUCUCAACAGUGUACCAGCCAGCCUAGCAGCUCUGUGAAUCUCAUCACAGCUCCUUGCGUCCCUACCCGUGUUACAGCGAUGUACGAUUGUGAAACUUCGAUUACAUCUGUAAUGUGGGACAUAGCCAGUGGAGCUGACAAGUAUGUGGUGUACGCAGUGGGUAGUCAAGGACACAAGUCCAACUCUAGCACCACAGACACCGCCUUUGAUUUCUCAGAUCUGCGCUGUGGUCAGAACUAUAAUAUCACAGUUGUCGCAGAGAAUAGUGCUUGCAGGUCUCAGCCCAGCCAACCCAUCACCGUGUCUACAGGGCCGUGUCCCCAGUCAACUCCUCGUGUCUUGCUGGAAUGCAGUAAUAACUCUGCUCUUGUUUCAUGGACACCUGGUUAUGGCAUUCUAUAUUACAAUGCCUCUGCUGAAGCCAUGGAUGUGAAUGACCGUGUGACUUGCAGCACAACUGGAGCUUCCUGUAACAUAGCUCGCCUGCAAUGUGCUCAGUCCUAUCAUAUCAGUGUCACUGGUCAGGGAUAUACCUGCCCCAGCCCUGCCCAGGGGUGGGUGCCCAUUACCUCAGGCCCCUGUCCCCCAAAUCUGGUGUCAGUCCAGGUUCCUUGCGAGUCAAAUGUUAUGUCCAUCUCCUGGCAGAUCUCGCAGGGUUCUGUCUCUUACCUGGCUGUUGCUCAGAGCAGCAUGGGACAAAGGUUCAAUUGCAGCAGCAAUGGGACAACAUGUGACAUUCCUGGACUCCAGUGUGGACAGACAUAUGAGGUAUAUGUGUCAGGAGUGGUUGGAACGUGUAUAGGACCAAAGAGCCAAAGCCAGAUUGUCAAAACCGCUCCCUGCGUGCCUCAGAACAUCCAGGUGAUACUCGCGUGUCAAUCAACAGUGCUUAACGUUACUUGGCCGCAGAGCGGAGGAGCCACUCAGUACAGAGCCAUGGUGGAGACCAGUGCUGGUCAAAUAAUUUACCAAGUUACAGAUAAGCUCUUCUUCACAGUUUCCAAUAUCCUUUGUGGCAUGACCUACAAUGUGACAGUGGUAGCCCAGAACGAUAAGUGCAACAGCAGCCGCAGUUCUGUACAAAGUGCCAUCUCAGCCCCAUGUCCUCCUCAGGCCGUCAGCACAAACAUAAUCUGCAGUUCCAACACUAUCUCAGUAAACUGGACGUCCAGCACGGCCGGAGUCAGCUACCUGGCACAGGCUGUUUCUUCAAAUGUCUCUUACACCUGCAAUAGCACAUCCACAUCCUGCACCAUCAGUGUGCCAUGUGGCAGAACCUACACUGUUUCUGUAAUACCAAGUCAAAAUGGCUGCAAUGGAGUCAGUUCAGCUUCUAAAAGUAUUCAAGCAGCUCCAUGUGUCCCCACCUUGACAAUUGUGCAGAUGGACUGCCUGUCCAACUCCGCCUGGGUAGCGUGGAACACAUCAGCGGGUGCAGCGUAUUACACUGUCCUGGCAACAGACAAUUACAGACAGCGCGUUCAGUGCAACUCCAGUGACAGCACGUGUGCAGUCGCUGGGUUACAGUGUGGGAAGAAUUACAGUUUCAGCCUCACAGCCAAUAAUGCACAGUGCAGCAGUGGAGUCAGCAACACCAUACAGUCUGAGACAGUACCAUGUGCCCCUGAGGGUGUGAAUGCGACGGUGGGUUGUGCCACGGGGACAGUGAGUGUGCAGUGGUUGCCCAGUGUUGGAGCUCUCACAUACACAGCCACAAUUGAGCCACUGGUGGGUGUUGCUUCCUGCUGUUCUACUCUGAAUAAUAGCACUUCCUGUGAGGUCAGAUCCCUUCCCUGUGGUCAGUCAUACACGGUGACUGUCACUGCAGCAGGACGAAACUGUAAUAGUUCUCAGAGCACGGCCAUAAUGGUGCAGACAGCACCAUGCCAGCCACCAGGCCUCAAUGCCAGUGUGAGCUGCACUGAUAAUGUUGCGAGAGUGAGGUGGACAAGCAGCGCAGGAGGUCAGCUCUAUACAGUAAACGCUGUAAGCAUAAACGGAACAUUCACAGACAGUUGCAACGGCUUUGAUGGGACUUGCAACCUCAGAAGUCUGGUGUGUGGCCUGCAGUACACAGCUACAGUGGUGGCACAACACAGCUCCUGCACUAGCCUGCCGAGUCCCCCAACCAAUUUCAAGACAGUACCAUGUGUUCCACAAAACGUUAUCCUGGACUUGGACUGCCAAGCCCGCAACCUGACAGUGUCCUGGAACAAGAGCUCAGGGGCACAGUUUUACACAACUACAGUGAUGGACAGCAUGGGGCGCUCCACUAACUGCCAGAGCCUUUCUGACCGUUGCAGCAUUAGUGGGCUUUCCUGUGGAAACAUCUACCGUGCAAGCGUCGUCGCCUCGGAUUCGUCCUGCAGCAGCCAGAACAGCAGCAUCAAAAACACAGACUCAGUUCCAUGUGCUCCCUAUAAUAUCUUGGCGCAGAUGGACAUUCUAACAGGCACAGCUCUACUCUCAUGGUCUUUGAGUGCCGGUGCAUUGAGCUAUAAGACCAUAGCGGUGAGCAGCACCUCAGGAACCAGUGUCUCCUGCAAUACUAAUCAGACAAACUGCAUCCUGAACAAUCUGUUAUGUGGAGACAAGUACAAUGUCACAGUCCAGGCCGUGGGAAGCAUUUGCAGUAGCUCUGCUUCCAUGACUCGAUACCUUCAGACAGGACCAUGUGUUCCACUGCUAGUGAGUGUGAGCUACACGCCACCUGUCGCUCUGCUCCUAUGGGACACGACCCGAGGUGCUGAUAACUACACUGCACGGGCCGUGUCAAUGCAGGGCUUACAGUCAUCUUGCUCGACCACUGACACCUCAUGUGUGCUCUACAGACUGAACUGCAGCCAAAUCUACAACAUCACUCUGACAGCCUACAGCAAUAUCUACCAGGAUGGGGUCCCAUCCAACACACUUACACUCAACACAGAGCCGUGUGCACCUACUAUCCUGGCAACCCGAUCGACACGUAACCAAGGGCUUGUGACAUGGGAAGCGAGUGUUGGGGCAGUAAGAUACUUGCUCAUGCUGGAGGGACACCGGGGAGACAAUCUUUACUGCCAGACCACAGAGGCAUCAUGCACGGUGCAAGGACUCCUGUGUGGGACUGUAUAUGUAUCCCGUGUUAUGGCCAUCGGCACCAGAAUCAACAGCACGUACAGUGUAGGAGCUCUGAUCACUACAGUCCCCUGCCUGCCAGACCCAACCAGCUUUGCCGUAGCAGUUCAGUGUACAAAUGUUUCAGCAUCUGUGAGCUGGGCCUGGAGUGAUGGAGCAACAUCCUAUGAACUUACCGCUACUAGCUACAACGGAAACCAAUUAAAAUGUGUCACAACACAGAACAGCUGUAACAUUACAAAUCUGGAGUGUGGACAAACGUACAGUCUCAACCUGACAGCCUUCAACAGUGCGGGUUCUGUUAGCCUGGAUACUGGCAUCACCUUCCAAAGCCGACCCUGCGUGCCCCGGUAUGUGGGUGCAACCCUACAGUGCGGCACUAACACGGCUGUGCUAACCUGGGAAAGGAGGCCUGGAGUCAUGUACUACUUGGGCAGUGCUACUUACCAGCCUGGAGUAGCUGCAGUAGUGUGUAACUCAAGUUCAGACAGCUGCAGCUUCAGUGGGCUGCAGUGCGGGGUACAAUACUCCCUGAGUGUCAGAGCUUAUACCAAACAGUGCUCAAGUGAUUUCAGUGUACCUGUCAACAUCACCACAGAACCCUGCCAGAUACAGAACCUCACCGUGACUGGGUCAUGCACCAGCAAUACGCUCCAGCUGAACUGGUCCAAUGGCACUGGUGCACUCCGUUACACCAUCUCGGUCAUUGGAAACCUGGGCUACACCAACGCCUUCCAGAGCUUCGUGAACAGCUUGCAGGUGGAGGUUUCCUGUGGCCAGAGCUACACUUUUAGCGUGUUGGGGAACAAUGAUCAAUGUCAGAGCCUCACAAGUGCCACCGCCAAGUUUUCAACUGCGCCAUGUGUACCGAUUGGUGUGAACACCUUCAUUCAGUGCGAGGACAACAUCGCCUCUAUCAGCUGGACAGGCAGUGAUGGUGCAGUGUCUUAUACUGCAGUUGCUGAGGGACAGACAUUAGGCGGCACCUACACUUGCACGUCAAACACAACAGUAUGUGCCUGGACUAACCUAUUGUGUGGAGAGACAUAUAUUGCACGGGUUGUUGCCAGUGACUUACGCUGCAGAAGCACCCCUAGUAACAACAUUACAAUCCGCAUGGCUCCUUGUAUACCCCAGAUUUUAAACACCACUAUGGACUGUAGCCUAAGGGUUGCAUCUCUGACCUGGAGGUCCAGUCGGGCUGCUCAAUCAUACGUGGUAACUGCUGAAAACAACAUCGGCCAACAGUUGGGGCAAACUACCAACACAACCAACGCUCAAUUCGCAGAUCUCCAGUGUGGACAGCAGUACUAUUUCAAGGUGUCAAGUGUGGGGCAAGGGUGCAGGAGCAGCCCGAGCAACACCUCUGUUCUGCAGACAGAUCCAUGUCCCCCUACUGCUGUCUCCACUUCUGUGGACUGUCUUUCCAACAUUGCUACAGUGACCUGGGGAAUAUCGAACACAGCUAAUUACUAUACGGCCAGUAUGGUGGGCCCAGAUGGCACAGUCACAACAUGCAUGUCGCCGACUACAAGCUGUGGCGUUGCAACACUGCAGUGUGGACAGAAAUACAAUGUCAGUGUAACUGCAUCCCGUCAGCUGUGCAAUUCAAAACCCAGCAGUCAGACAAACUUCAACACAGCUCCCUGUGUCCCAAUGGGUGUCUCUGUGGUGAUGGACUGCACCAAAAACGAAGCCAGAGUGUCAUGGAAUGCCAGCCUGGGUGCACAGUACUACCUUGUCUAUGCUACAAGCAAAUCCAAUGACUCCGCUACAUGUAAUAGCUCUGGAAUCAACACAUACUGCACUCUGAAGGCCCUCACCUGUGGGGCGGUAUACACAGUAAGGGUGGUGUCCAUUGGGAAUGACUGCUCUGGUCUACCUAGUCAGUCAGUGGACUUCAGUUCAGUUCCUUGCAGACCUGAUAUCGCUUCCGUGCAGCUGAACUGUACCUCCAGCUUGUUCUCAUUGAACUGGACUUCUGUCAGCGGUGCAGUCUAUUACACUGUGUUUGCCAGAGCUCCACCUGGUCAAAACUCAUCCUGUACCACAAACUCCACCAGCUGUGAACUAAGGCAACUGGAAUGUGGUCAGAUAUACAGCAUAGCCAUGACAGCAUCAAACAAUCAAUGCAGCAGCAAUCAGAGCACUGCUGUGCAGGCUGCAUCAGCGCCCUGUCCUCUUGCAUGGAUUAACUCCAGCAUGAACUGCCAAGCCAACUCAGCACAGGUGCAGUGGGAUCGUAAUGGGGCGGCAGAGUCCUACGAAGUCCAAGCUUUAGGCACAAGAGGCUACAUGACAGGAUGUAACACCACUGGAACCUUUUGUAAUGUGUCCAACCUGCUGUGUGGCGAUGUGUACAACAUAAGCGUGUUUGCUAUUAAUAACAAAUGCCGUGUGAGAGGAUACCCAGUCCUACAGCUGCGUUCAGUGCCAUGUGUCCCUGCCCCUCUGAGCCCCACUUUGAACUGUACGUCUGGUGCUGUCACCAUGACCUGGCAGCCCAGCAGUGGAGCCACCUCCUACAGAGCCCUUGCUCAGGGUAGUGGAGGUUUUCCAUCAUCAUGCAACAGUAACAGCACCACAUGCGUGUUCACUGGGCUACUGUGUGGACUGAACUACAGCUUCACUGUCUCGGCUUCUGACAGCACAUGUACCAGCUUGUACAGCAACAGUGUUCAGCUGAACACAGUUCCAUGUAAGCCACAGUUUCUCACGGCCUUCAUGGACUGCGGGACCGGUACAGGACUUGUGUCAUGGGAAGCAGCACAGGGCGUUUUGUCCUACCUGGUACAAGCAGCGGGAGCUAAUGGAACCCAGGCACAAUGUAGCACCACCAACACAAGCUGUUCAUUACCCAAUCUGAACUGUGGCCAACUCUAUACCCUCACUGCUGUUGGCCAGGAUGGCCGCUGUAACAGCAGCGCUGCUCAAGUCAAUCUCCAGUCAGUCCCCUGUGUGCCCACCGGUGUGCAGGCCUCCCUGAUUUGCAACUCUAACUCAGCAGCUGUGACCUGGCUGUCAUCCGGUGGAGCGCUGAGAUAUUUGGCUGAUGCUGUGAACAUCAACAGGUCUCACACUGUCUCCUGUAACUCCAGCCUGCCUUCCUGCACCCUUGGCCCGCUGCUCUGUGGAACAUCCUACAACAUCACAGUGGUCGCUAUGGAUGACACAUGCAGUAGUGCCAGGAGUGUCACCACUCAGUUACGCUCGGCUCCCUGUGCUCCCCAGAAUGUGCAAGUUCAGAUGAACUGUACAGCCAGUGCCAUGACUGUAACCUGGUCCACCAAUCCAGAUGCAGAAUACUUCAUUGUGGAGGCAGGGGGCAGCAACACCAGCCUGUCUUGUAACACAUCGGGCAUAAGCUGCACAAUCAGAAGCUUGGUCUGUGGUUUGUCCUUGUCUGUGACAGUGAAGGCAGUUCGGGGCAGCUGUCAGAGUGUACCCAGUGCAGCUAAGCUUGUUUCAACAGCUCCAUGCAUACCUCAGGGUCAGAGCGGCAACCUUGACUGCGUGACCAACUCAGUCUGGGUGUCGUGGCAAAGAGCGGCCGGUGCCGAGUCAUACCAGGUGUUAGCGAUAUCAGGGGGCGAAGCUAGCUCCAACUGCAGCACCUCGGAUCUUUACUGUAACGUCCCCAACCUACUGUGUGGCACGCAGUACACCUUCCAACUUACUGCCAUAAACUCCUGGUGUGCAAGCGGGCAAUACAACAACACUUUCUCUAUUGAGACAGGUCCCUGCUCUCUGAAGGGCAUCAGCGCCGUGACGGAGUGCCGUAGCAGCUCCAUAAGGGUCAGCUGGCUCACCCAGUCAAGCUCAUCCAUCCUCAUUGUCACAGCAGAGGGACAGGACCUAAGCUUCCUUCAGUGUAACAGCACCGGUACUUCCUGUUUGCUUAAUGGUGCUCGCUGUGGAAUGAAGUACGCCAUCAUAAUCUCCACCAGCUCGGAUAAAUGCAACAGUCUCCGCAGUUCUCCGUAUCACCUCCAGACGGCUCCGUGUGCACCUCAGGCACUGAGUGUGACACCACAGUGUGAUACACAGGGUGUGUUGGUGACCUGGGCACCAUCUAACCUCGCUCAGUCCUACUAUCUAACAGCUACUGGGGGGGAUGGCGAUGUCCAGAACUGCAGCGGCAGCAGGGAGAACUGCACCCUGAGCCGCCUGCGCUGCAGCCAGCAAUACACGCUCAGCCUGAUCGCUUCGGAUGGGAACUGCACCAGCCCUGCCAGCCAGGCCCUCACCUUCCUCACAACUCCAUGUGCACCUCUGAGCCUAAACGUGUCCGUGUCAUGUGGAAACAACUCAGCUACACUCUCCUGGUCCACCAGUGGGGGCUCGUCGUGGUACUUUGCCUCGGCAGUCAACGCACAAGGGGACAAACGUCAAUGCAUCACCACAAACACUUCCUGUACCAUAGCAGGGCUUCAGUGUGGGACGACGUACAACUUCAGUGUGCAGGCCUCGGAUGCAGUGUGCAACAGUUCCCGCAGUUCAAUAGUGCAGAGAGGAAUAGUGCCAUGUCCCCCACCAUCAGUAACUGUAGUCACUCGCAGUAUGGAAAACACCUCACUGGUAAGAGUCAGCUGGAGCGCUGUGAGCUGCUUGGCUGUCCAGUACCUGGCAAAACUCAACGGUCAGUUCCUCUACGGUCCCAUCGCUCUCGUGCAGGUGGCAUCCUACUGGACAGACCAGACAUAUUUCGAGUUCUUGCUGCCCUGCAACAUCUCCUUCUCAGUGGAGGUUGUUGCUGGGAGUGGAGCAGGAUACGGAGCGUCAUCCGUUGCUGUUAAUGGAUCUACAGGUUUCUGCACAGUUUACAGUUCAAACACCACAGGCCCUGUGUCAGGCCGUCGUAGGAGAGAUUUGCGAGAGGCAGAGAUUCUGGCUGGACUAGUGGAUGAAGGUGUGCUGUCAAUGCCUGAAAUCCUGAAUGUGACUGUCGAUGGCGUGACCCUACAUGUGGAAUGGGCCCCAGUCAACGGUGCUAGUUAUUACACCCUGAUUGUGAGGGAAGAAAAUGAAUCUCAACCCUUCAAUGUAGUACGGACUGUCCAAGGUGAGGUCUCAGAUGUCCCCGACCUUAAACCUGCCACCAUCUACUGCGUCACCGUGUCUGCCAAGAACUCCACUACGAAGAGCCCAUACUCCACUCCAGUGUGCAUCACAACUGAGGUUCCUAUCCUUCAUGUCUGAGUGGGAAAAGCAAUAUGACCACCGGCUCAUCCCUGCUAUUAGAACACCUGUAAUAGUGAACUACUCAUUAGUAAGAUACUUAAACCCAAGAUAGACCAUGAAAAUUUUAGUACCAGAGUUUGUUGACCUCCAAUAUACAUUUCACAUACUAAUAAUGUUAUUUUCAUUAAAGAACCAAGAAUUAAACACCAACAUAACCCUGUACCAGUUAUUUCUAAUGAAAUGUUCUGAUCAGAUGUUUUUAAUCAAAUUCUUCUUGUCUAGAGAAAAUAUAAGCUUGAGUCUCUAAAUUAAAAUAGAUUUUAUUCGAGCAACGUCCGGCUGAAUUUUCACUUUAUUUUGUAACAAACCAUUAUAUUGUUAAUAUAAUAUAAUAUAGUCCUUUUCUGUAAUAAGAACAUUUCAAUUAACAAUGUAUGUAUGUAUACUGCAUAAAUAGUGAGCAAAUAAAAUACGGUUUAUCAAUCAA